UGUGUGACCCGCGCUAACACUAGAGGCGCCCUUGGCUCAGCCUGUGCGCUUUUACGCACAGCAUUAUUAUUCAUUAUUAUUCUUGGAAAGCCUACUAAUCAAUAGAUCCGCACUGGUUGUAAUACACAACACUGUAUCGGAUCAGACAGGAUAUUAUGCACGCUUUAGGGCCCUGUUAUUUAACACAACUAAUCCGAAUCCCCUCGAAGUAUUAUUAAGACACUUUGAGAGUGCCACUUUGAUUCAACAUCACGAAUGCUUUAGUUCUGGAUCAUUUAAACUUUAUUUCAGUGCGUUUCAGGUAAUGUGUGCACAAUUAUUCGUCCCUCCUAUUCAGGCUGCGUGAUCGGUGACGCACAGGAGACUCUCCAGACUCCAGCGCGCACGGGGCUCUCCGCGCAUUAUGAUGGAGUGAGCCGAGACUGUACUGUCCAGCUUCCAGCAAGAGAAGAGCUCCUCCUCCCUCCCCUGAGAUGAGGUAGUUGGUAAGACCGAGCGCUGGUUAAUCACCAAUUUCUCGCAUCGCGUCGCGUCCUCCGUCUUGAAAGUCCUGUCAUGCAUGCAGCGUCCCCGCCGUUGCGCGCCUGACCUCCUGCGUUUUCAACCACGGCUUUUGUGUGUCCAUCGCCCGGUAUGGGAGAUCAGAGUGAGCCGACCAUGGUGCAGAAGUCGACAUCGUUCAGCAUCAAGAGCCUGUUACUCCCAUCGAAGUUUGACAAUGAGGGCGCGGUGCGCAGCGGCAGCCCGGCGGCACCGGACUUGGACAAACCCCUGGAAGCGUCCGAGAUGGACUCCGCGCAGCGAAACGCGGAGGAACAGCCGUCUAAAAAGGGACAGAAAUUCGACAAGCCUCCGUUCAGCUACAACGCGCUCAUCAUGAUGGCCAUCAGACAGAGUCCCGAGAAGCGGCUCACGCUCAACGGCAUCUACGAGUUCAUCAUGAAGAACUUUCCGUAUUACCGGGAGCACAAGCAGGGCUGGCAGAACUCCAUCCGGCACAAUCUGAGCCUCAAUAAGUGUUUCGUGAAGGUCCCGCGGCAUUAUGACGAUCCUGGGAAAGGGAACUACUGGAUGUUGGAUCCCUCCAGCGAUGAUGUGUUUAUCGGCGGAACCACCGGGAAGCUCCGCCGGCGCUCGGCGACCUCGCGGGGAAAGUUGGUGAUGAAAAGGGGCCUCCGCUUCGCGCCCCUCGGUCUCGGACUUGGCGAACGCCCGAGCAACCCGCUUUAUUGGCAGCUGUCUCCGUUUUUACCCCUGCACCAUUCGCACUAUAACGGCUCCACGCACGGAUUUCUAAACCAGGGACACGCGUACGGAUCGUUACUCCCCGGCAUGGAGCCGCUCGGGAACGGGGACAUGUCUCGCCACAUUCUGGGAGCCUCUAGCGGGAGUAUCAACGGGUACGGCGUGUCUUCGCCGUCCGCCGCCGGAUUACUUUCAGGGCACAAUGGAUACUUCGUACCGGGCGCGCAGCAGCCGCAGCCGCUUCCGAGCGCGCCGGGAUACGGCAUCUCCAGCUCUCCGUCCCCGCUGCUGUCGGAUUCCCUAAGAACUAGCUUAUCGUCCUUCACAGCACCACUUUCUAGCGGACUUCUGUCUCAACACAAACGCGUCGCGCCCAAUUCGUUCCUAAGCUGAGCGUUGCGCGCCCUCUCCACUGGGAACAUCCAAACUUUCCUAGAAAACCUCGAAAUGUGCAAGCUGUCCUUUUGUGUGAGGACUGUGCGUCUGGAAUUGUUUUUUUUUUUUUGUCUAUUUAAGUUUAUUUUGUAGAAGUAGUGUGAUGUUAUGCCAAAGGCAAUAACAGUGCGUGUUUGUUUUUCUUUCUUUUUUUCUAAAAAAAAAAAAAAAAAAGUGUUAUUUAUAGUACUUCUUUGUGAAUGAUGGUUUUGUAUUUAUUCGAAAUGUUUUUUAUCCCUUGUUACUGUGGGAUACCGUUAUUAUUAGAUGUUUGGCACAUAUUAUUCGUUUAGUAUGACUAAUUCCUUUUUUAUUUAUGUCUCAAACUGUGAAUGCGCCUUAAUAUCUUAAAUCAGGGUUGAGCGUUCGGACCGUCUCAGGUGUGCGUUCUGACAAUUAAACAUUAUUAUUAUUAUUAUUAGCUGUGUAAACCUGAAAUAUGGUAACAUAUACAUCUAUAUGCAAUGUUUUAUGAAUUUGCCUAUCGGUUAGUGUGGGCCUGUGUUCAGAGAGGUCAUGUAAUGACUUACUAGUAAAGCUAAGCUACUGAAUUAAAGCACUGGUUUAAAUGAACUCUGUGUGGGAUCAGUUUAUAUAUGUACAUACUGUCACGUAAAAUGCUGUUUUGUGACGACACAAGGGUUUUGUUUACACACAUAACAGUAUUUUAACAGUAUUUUAUUUACAGUUUUUACGCGUGGAGGUGAUUCAGCACCAAAGACAGAUCAUUAAUGCUUCUUUUGAAAUAUAACACCCCUGCACAUUCAUUUGCUAUUAUGACAUUCUAAAGCCAUUAUUUCAACUCUCUGUGCAAAUCAGAAAUGUGAUUUCUAGAGCGGUUUAUUUCCCUUUUAACCAACAUGUGAGUUAUAGUUCUGCACCUUUAGUUGUCAUAGUCUUUUAAUGUGCAGAUUUGUACUAGUUUUUUUUCUUGUAUAUAUGCCUGAACUUCCGUUCAGAACAAAGAAAUAAAGUAUUGGAAUAUUUCUGUA